UCUGCCUAAAUUCAUGCGCCCAAAACCCUUUUCUUCCGCCCAAAAACCAAAAAAAUUUCCCUCUCUUCCGCCCAGAAUCUCUCUUUCUCGCUCUUCCAUUGAUCAAAAUCUCACUCAUCAAUUGAUCUUUUGUUAAAUGCACGCUUGCUUGAUCCAAUCACGUGAUCGAAAUAAUAGCUAGAUGAAGAAACCUUACACUGGUCGUGAACUUGAUCUUGAGUAUCGACAUCCACGACGUUGUUUUCUUGUCCUUCAUCUACGUUGUCGACUUCGUCGAUCUUAUCCUCGAUGGAGGAACUAAAGCCCACGGAAUCAGAGGCACCGUCAUUUAGCAGAGGCUUGGGGUAGCCAAGGAGGUGUUACCGUUGAGAGAGACGCGUGUGGAGGGGAGAGACUGAGAGGAGGAGGAGCGCAACGAUAACGGCGCACACGUGUACGGGGCCGGCGACGAGAUCUGAGACUUCGUAGCAUUUCCGCCGUUAAAGAUGCCGGAAGAUGGUGACAGUGACGGACAUGAUUGAUGGUGUUCUGAUCAGAUCUGAGUGUUUGCAGGCAACAGUUGAUGAAUUGGAGGACAAAAUUAUUGGUCUCUACUUUGCAUCUGCAUCUUGUCCAAGAAGCCAGAGAUUCACACCCAUUCUUGUUCAAACCUACAAUGAAAUCAUCUCAAAAGACAAGUUUGAGAUCAUACUUGUCUCUUUAGACAAUGAUGAAGAAUCUUUUCAUGGGUAUUUCUUUACUAUGUCAUGGCUCGCUAUUCCACAUUCCAAUGAAACAGCCCGCCAUGGCUUGAAGAGUUUGUAUUCUGUUCAAGAAACUCCCCAUCUCAUUAUCUUGAGUAAGGAGGGUGACGUAAUGAACAGUAUUGGGCACUUUCUUGUUGCUGGGUUUGGCUCAUUGGCAUAUCCUUUUACAAAAGAUACAAUCAAGGAACUGAAAGAUGAAGAAGAGGCUCAAAAGAAGAACCAAACUUUAAGAACUAUAUUGGCAACACCUUCUUGAGGUUUUGUAAUUUCAAAUGAUGGGAAAGAGGUACAAAGGAGGCCCAACAUUGCCAAGAAAGAUGAUUUGUGAGGGCAUUACCAGGGAGAAGAGAGUAGAAGUUUACCCACUUUCUCUCAAUUUGAGUGCCUUCCAAUGUUUAGUCCACACAUCUCGUCUUGCUGAGUACAUUUUGCAAGAUUACAGUGAUGAGAUAAACACUAAAAAUCCUUUAGGAAUGCAUGUAUGUGGUUUUUUUUUUUUUUUUUU